AUGAAUAGAAGAAAAAGGGAAAGAAGAGAAUACUUAUUGCAAAAAGAGAGAGAGAUGCUUGACAAGGAGGCGGAGGAGAAAAAGCGAAGAUUGGGAGAGGCGCUGGAAUCGAACACAAAAAUUCCCCACGAGAUUAGAAAAGAUGCACCCAUGCUGUUGGACGAGAUAAUUUACGAGGGAAGGAUUGAAGAGGAGCACAGACUUCCAAAGGUAAUGGUUACCACAUCCAGAAGCCCAAGCUCGCAACUACUACACUUCGCAAAGCAUCUAUCAUUGGUUCUGAAUGGCGAGAACUUCAUUCGUGGACAGUUGCGUGAAGAAGAGGUGAGCGAUGUAGCACAUAAGUAUGGAUAUACCUGUGUUAUCAUUGUUCACGAGAACCGAGGAAGGCCAGCUUCGCUUGCUGUGUCCUACUUUCCGUUCGGGCCCACCAUGAGAUUUACAAUAAUAGACCACUUUCUGACAAGAAGAGCCUUUCCUCUUGCACCCAAAGCCUAUUUUGUAUGCGACAACAUGGAAGGAACUGUUGGAAUAAAAAUCAAGGAGAAGAUGGCAUUGUUGUUUCCUCAAUGUAGCAGGGCCAAAAGAAUAGUGAGUCUGGUAAACAGAAACGACACCAUUGCAUUCAGGCAUUAUUUAAUAGAAAAUGGAGACAGAACCACGCUGAGCAAAAGCCUUGGAAUGGACCUGAGGGCGUACGAGAUAAGGAAAGGAACGUUUGAGAUGGAUGGAGAGUUUGAAUGGGCUUACAAGCCAUACAUGAACUCCCGAAGGACACGGGAGGAAAUAGGAUGUACGUCUCAGAAAUAA